GGAAGUGACUCUGAAAUCCACAAAAACAAGCUCUUCCCCCAUGUCCGACUUAUCAGACGUCGACCUGGAUGUUUAGAACUGCUCUAAAAAGAUUUCAGAACAAAUGGAAAUCGUACAGACACAGGUUUGUGCCUUGGAUUAUACUGAACCUGUCUAAAAAUGAGAAAACUCUGCGGCAGGUGCCGGAGCUCUCUGAGGACAAACUGGUGCCAGAUGAGGAGGUGUCACAUAGCUUACUGCAGCUCUUCAGACUCCUGCUCAGGAGCCAACAUGUCACCCAUGGGGAGUCCCGAGCAACUCAAACUCACUUUCUCAGACAGGUAACAAGCGAAGAAGACCAAGGUGGAGGGAACUCAGUGUGUGGAGAUGAUGCCAUGUUUCAGUGUCUUGGGUUCUGCAUUGACCGGAGGCCUAGCACUUUGCCCUUUGCAGGUACGGGAGUGUUUGUCACCAAGGGAUUUGUACCCAAAGGAGCCACAGUGGCCAUGUACCCUGGCACAGUCUAUCAAGCCUAUGAGCCAAUUCUCCUCCAGUCCAUCAGGAACCCUUUUGUAUUCAGGUGUAUUGAUGGUGUCCUGAUUGAUGGCAAUGACAAAGGCAUCUCCAAAAUGGUGUUCAACUCCUGCAGUGGCAGGGACAGACUGGGGCCCUUCAUGAUGAGUGACACCAGCUGGCUGACAGAAAGUCCACUAAACCCACUUGCUGUUGGUCAGUAUGUGAACAACUGCUCCAACGAGUCGCCUGCCAACGUGUGCUACCAGGAGUAUGAUGUGCCACAUAAGUUUCCCAUCGAGCUUCGCCAGUAUCUGCCUAAUGUCAACUACAGCAAUGACACACAGAGGCCUCUGCGCUGUGUUGUCCUUGUAUCCCUCAGGGACAUUACAGCAGGAGAGGAACUCUUCUCCAACUACUACACCAUCGUGCGUUAGAGACAAAGUACACUCAGCUGUUCUGCUUUGGUGUCAGAAGUGAAGAAAAUGGACAUUUUUCCUAUUUCAUACAACAUUAUAACUGUCUGUCUUUCUAAGGGGACAAAUGAUUUGUCUUUGUACACUCAGCAUUGCACUGGAAUAAAGGCAGGAGCACUGUAAUAUGAAAGAAACAAAACUGCUGUUAUUUCACAGAGUUGAAGGAAAUUGUAAAAAUAUAUAGAAAGAUCUCAAAUUAAAUGGGCCAGGGACACAGGCCACAUGGGACCUGCAUGUUCCAGACCUGAUCACUGCAGGGGUAGUGGCAUGUCCAAACCAUUUUGAAUAGGGUGGCGGAAGUUGGCCACUGACUUAUGAAGGGCUGGGCAAGCAUUAAUUUACCUAUAUGUAUAGUGUUAAUAUCUAUUUUAAUUUUUAUCACUACAGUAUAUUACAAUUUCUUACACUCAUGUGUUUAAAAUGUGACAGAGUGCCCCAAUAAUGAGUUCUUAAACCUGUAAAUGAGUUAGCAUUUUUGAACUCACCCUCUGACUCGUCUCAAAGUCAAUGGGUUUUUGGUAAGAUGCUUUAAAUAAGGUCUGUGAUGAACACAAGCUUUAGAGAUGUCACGUUUUGUUCUGCAACAUAAAAUACAUCAGUGAAAACCACACUUGUGAAUGCUGGCUCAAAAAGGCAGUUGCUAACAAGUGCCUGAAUUAGACUACAGAACGUCAUCAUGCUGACCACAGGUUGAUAGUGUCGUGGUGGUGGUUUACUUAUGGCAAUUGCAUUUGGGCUUCAAAAAUCAUAAAAGAGGUGCUCAUUUGUGAACAUUAUCUUACAUAACAAAAUGUGCAAGUGCCAUAAAUGUUUGUUUGCCACAGAGGUUUUAUGCCACUGUAUGUGUUGUGUUUCUGUGCAGUGCAGUGCAGUGAAGUUUGAUUGAUUCAACUAACACACCUAAAACAUGGCUUAAUAGCAAUUAUAUUAAACAAAAGUACAAAAUUCGACUUCAUUAUAACACAAGGUUCAUAGGCAAAGCAAUUUUCUUUUUCCAGACACAUUUUCCCCACAAAUACACCAUGCUAAUGUAGUGUAUUAUCAGUUGCUCUGAAGGGUUGGAACAGAUGACCAGUAAGGGUUAAAAAGCAUAUAUGGUCAGGGUCAAAGAAAAGAUAUUUAUGGUUCAGGGUUAAAGUGGGUGAAAUCCAACUAGGGUCACCCUUGGUUGUUUGUCUGACUUUGUCUCACAUUUCACAGAAACAGCGUGUCUAUAUAAUGGGAGUAAUUUGGGGCUGUUUUUCAGAGUGGUCCACAUCGGCUGAAGAACCCUCUCCAAGCUUUCUAGAUGCUUGAUAGAUGCUGUACUUCUUGUAAUAAACCUUUUCUUUAAGCAAGCAA